CAGACAUGUAGAUGUGGUUGUGGGCGACGAGGGGACGGACCCGGGGAAUAUCGGCUCAGGUUUCAGGCGCCAGGACUUUUGCAGGAUUCUUCACAUUUUUCUUUUAGCUUCUAUUUUUGUUCCACCACCGAAAACGUCUUGAGAUGUCUCUGAUUCUGACGGUGCUGGACAAGUUGUCUUACUUUCUGUCCCUGAUAGCGUUUUGCGUCAGCGUGUCUCACAGCUGGCUGAAGUGAAAGGCAAGGAAAGGCAAGUUUAUCUGUGCAGCACAAUUCAACACGAGGAGUGACUGGAGACGACCACCACGACCACCACGACCACCACGAUGCUGCAGCGGAGAAUCCCCUUCCUCGCUCUCGCUCUGGUUUUCUGCGUCGCAGCCGCCGAGGACUUUGACUGGACCAAGAACGAGAAAUCAUCUUUUCAUUACGGCACCUUCCCGACCGGCUUCUCGUGGGGCGCCGGCAGCUCGGCCUACCAGACCGAAGGCGCCUGGAACUUGGACGGGAAGGGCAUGAGCAUCUGGGACGCCUUCGCCCACAAGAAGGGCAAGAUCUCGUCCAACGAGACGGGAGACUCGUCCUGCGAGGGAUACUACAAGUUCAAGGACGACAUCAACCUGAUGAAGGACAUGAAGCUGAACCAUUACCGCUUCUCCAUCUCCUGGCCCAGGAUCUUACCGAGCGGACUGAGAAGUGAACACAUGAAUGAGAAAGGAAUCAAAUACUACAACGACCUGAUCAGCCUGUUGUUGGACAACAAGAUCACGCCCAUCGUCACGCUGUACCACUGGGAUCUUCCUCAGAUGCUGCAGGACAAAUACGGCGGCUGGCUCAACGCUAGCAUGAUCAACCACUUCAACGACUUCGCCAACUUGUGCUUCGAGAGAUUUGGAAACAGAGUCAAGUAUUGGAUCACGUUCAACAACCCGUGGUCCAUCGCUGUGGAGGGAUAUGAAACCGGGGAACACGCUCCUGGACUGAAGCUGAAGGGAACCGGAGCCUACAAAGUGGCCCAUCACAUGAUCAAGGCUCACGCUAAAGUCUGGCACACGUACGACAUGAAGUGGAGAAGCAAACAAAAAGGUCUGGUUGGGAUCUCUCUGACGGCCGACUGGGGAGAACCGGUGGACGUGUCCAACCAGAGAGACAUCGAGGCGGCGCAGAGAUACAUCCAGUUCUACAUGGGCUGGUUCGCCGGGCCGCUGUUCCACGGAGACUAUCCUCAGGUCAUGAAGGAUUACAUCGGCAGGAAGAGCGGCCAGCAGGGCCUCGGGGCCUCCCGGCUGCCCGUGUUCCUGCCCGAGGAGAAGAGCUACGUGAAGGGAACCUGCGACUUCCUGGGCCUGGGCCACUUCACCACCCGCUACGUGACCCAGAGGAACUACCCGUCCGGCCUCGGGGACAACUACUUCACCGACCGGGACCUGGCCGAGCUGGUGGACCCCAAGUGGCCCGACCCCGGGUCCGAGUGGCUCUACUCCGUCCCCUGGGGGUUCCGCCGCUUCCUCAACUUCGUGAAGAGCCAGUACGGGAACCCCAUGAUCUACGUGACGGAGAACGGCGUGUCGGAGAAGAUGCUGUGCACGGACCUGUGUGACGACUGGAGGAUGACGUACUUCAAGGAAUACAUCAACGAGAUGCUGAAAGCGGUGAAGGACGGCGUGAACGUGAAGGGCUACACGGCCUGGUCUCUGCUGGACAGCUUCGAGUGGGACGAGGGCUACACGGAGCGGUUCGGCCUCUACUACGUGGACUUCAGGAACAAGAACAAGCCGCGCUACCCCAAGGCCUCGGUGCAGUACUUCAAACGCAUCAUCAGCUCCAACGGCUUCCCCAACCAGAGAGAGGUGGAGAGCUGGAAGAGGAAGGCCGUGGAAACCUGCUCGUCCAGCAACCAGCUCCUGGCGGCAGACCCCCUCAUCGGUCACAUGGAGAUGGUGACGGAGAUCGUGGUUCCAACCGUCUGCACUCUCUGCAUCCUGCUGAGCGCCGUGUUCUUCAUGUUCCUGCUGCGGAGACGCCUCUGAGGACCCUGGACCCCCACAACCCCCCCAUGUCCCCCCUGGACCACCU